CAAUUGAGAAGUAAAACAAAUCCUCCAUUUGAGCGACGCCCUGCGAAUAUUGAUAUUGCGGUGGCUUUCUAUCUUCCGGGCGCCUGAAGGACUCAAUCAGAAAGAGAUGUCUUUCUAGCUACUUGGUAGCGUGGUUACUUGACGCCGAAGCAGUUUAUCUAACUGCUGCUUACAUAUAGAAUACAAUUGGCAGGAUGGAACAGAGCCAUUCAGUAGUCUCGAGUAUGAAGGCCUCCUUAUUCUACGAUAUGAAGAGCAAGCUUGUAGAGUGCAUCAUUUUUGCGUCUACGCGGAAUUUUAGAUUUCGUUAAACCGAUAUAGUUGUGUGCUAGAAGAGACGCAGUAUUAUUUCGAGUAUUUAACAUAUCAAUCAUUAUCUACAGAAGCCAAACCAACCAGUUUUAUCCGCCAAAGUUUCCGUCGUCAGUCAUGAAAGACAACAAGCCGUGUACGCGUACCUAGGGGGUAGUCUAAAGGGGAAAGGAAAUUUGAAGAGCAGGAGAUAGCCAAGUGUUUUUAAACAUGGUAUGAGUUUCGUCUUCCAGAGCUGCUUCGAUGUCUGUGGUGGCUGCUUCGGCGGCUGGAGUGGCUUCCUCUGCGCGAACGCCGCUCGUGGUGCUCCUCAUGGUGGGAGAUGAAGUAUGCGAACACGGCCGUCCAGAAGAACGAGAUGAUGUUCAUGAUACCGAACGCAAAUGAGGCUUUCAGCAUGGAGCACACCUUGUUUGGGUCGCUGGCGAGCGGGUUACGCUGCUGCUGGCCAUAGUAUCCAAACGGACCCAGACUGAGGAGGAACUUGCUGCGCGAGAAGUUGCUGCAGUUCUCCUGGGCGAUGUCACGGAGCAGAUAGACGCCCGCGAUCAAGGCGCCGAAGAAGCAGAGGUCGAUGAAGGAGACGAAGAUGGCUGAGCGCUUGGUGUUUUUGAAGCGGAAGAGGGUCUCGAGCACCCAGAUGCCGCCGAGCACGCUGACGAUGAAGAGGACGAGGAUGUAUGUUGGAGUGAUGAUGUUGGCCUUGACGAAGCCAUCUAUGAACCAUGCCUGGGAUGCCGAUGUCAGUAUCACGAGAGGGUCUUUCUCCGGCAUAGAGAGGUGGCUGGGCCGACUUACGAGCAUGCCAAUGGGCGGUAUCAGAGUGAUCAACUGGCCGAUUCGCCAGCAGAUGAAGAAGAAGCUGGAGAACAUCUUGGUCGAUGCGCCUUGAGGCCUUUGUUAGCCAGCAAGCGGCGGAGGGGAGACUGAGGUAUAAGGAGCUGCUAUAUGAAGCCUGAUCGCGGCUUGCGACUGGGUGGAGGAAACUGAGCGACGCUUGCAGCUCGACAGUCCUGGCUACUCUGCUGGCUCUGCUGUCGGUCUCGUUAACGAUGCAGGACAGUCGAACAGAUCGACAAUGCGAGUGCCCGGGAGGUACGGAGUAUGUAUAUAAACAAAGUCGCG